UCCACUUUGUGGCCCCAGGGAUUAUGUUCCAUUGGUUGCUGCUCUGUCUGUGUGCCACAGCCAUUCCACCAGUCGUGGGCCAAGAACCAACGUGCCACAGCUUCACAAAACUACCAGUGACUGAUACAAUCAUCGGCACGGACCUGGAGGUGAGACUUCUCCUCUACACCGGCAAGAACUCAAGUUGCGCCACUUUGAUCAAUGCCACUCAUACCGGCCUGCUGGACAUCAACAAGAAAAUUAUCUUCCUUAUCCAUGGGUACAGACCAUUUGGAUCACCUCCAAAUUGGUUGAACAAGACGAUAAAGACACUACAAAAUGUGGAUGACUUAAACCUCAUCAUUGUUGACUGGAAUAGAGGAGCAACCACUAUUAAUUAUUCAGUUGCCGUUGCCAACACCAAGAAAGUUGCUGAAAUUUUGGGACAUGUGAUUGAUAGCAUACUGAAAAUCGGAGGGUCCUUUGACUUGAUCCAUUUGAUUGGUGUGAGCCUAGGUGCGCACAUUUCUGGUUUCGUUGGAAGUAGGUUUCAUGGACAGAUUGGGCGAAUUACAGGUCUCGACCCAGCUGGACCUUUGUUCCGGGGGAAGGGAGUGGAAGACAGACUGGAUCCUUCUGAUGCUCAACUGGUUGAUGUCCUCCACACAGACAUGGAUGCUCUUGGGUAUGAAGAGUUUUUGGGGCACAUUGACUACUAUGCCAAUGGAGGAACUGACCAACCAGGAUGUCCCGCCACUAUAAUAGCUGGCAAAAGGUAUAUGGUGUGUGACCAUCAAAGAUCUGUCUACCUGUAUAUAAGCUCCAUCAGCUCAACCUGUAACAUUACCGUUUAUCCUUGCCCAUCUUACAAAGAAUUCCUGGACGCCUGUUGUACGGAACAGGACAAGACCUAUCCGAUAUUUGGUUAUCACAUUGUCAAGUGGAAAAACAACCAUUUAAUGAAGUUUCCAAAUAAGGUGUUCUUUCAAACCUCCACUGAACAUCCAUUUUGCAUGUACUAUUAUCUCCUGGAUAUCAUCACCUGGAACAGAAACACUCGGAGAGGCUACAUCACAGUGGGAAUGACUGGACAGAACGGGGAUGUAGUGAAAGCAGAAGCCAAUCAAUAUGCAAAAUCGUUUGAGAGGUUCAAGGAAGUCACUCUGCUUGUCAGCGUCGAUAAAGACAUAGGGGACAUCUCCAGCGUUUCCUUAACCUUCAGUUCAGCCAACGUGGUGGAACCCAAACUGAAACUGGGAAUUCUUCGAAUGAAACUGAGGUCAAUGACGUACCCCCACAGGCCUCACCUGUGCAGAUACGACAUAGCCCUACAUAAGGACUUGGAGGAGGAGUUUCAACUGAUUGAGUGUCAAGAUCCGGAAAUGUAGACUGGAUGUAUCGCCUCCAUUGUUUGCUGUGUGCUUGACAGCAUGGACUUGAUGGGUUGAAUGGUCUCGCUCCUAUGCAGUGCUGUCUUGGAGCACUUCCUCAGUC